AUGCCCUUCGGACCCUUCAUCCUCCAAUGGCAUGUGCCCUCUCCCAACCCACCCAACCCCUCUGCACCACUCUCAAAAGGUAUAACACGUCACUCCAUCUCGACAUCCUCCGGGCCCCUCGAGCUCCUAUCCGCGAUCCCAACUGACACCAACUAUCGCGGACAUGGAAAUAGCUGGUACCCUGGGUUCUGGAGGAUGUACUUCACCUCGCGGGGUACGAUGAGGCAGGACCUGAGUGCUGGGGUGAGAGAGGUUGAGAAGUUGGGGACUGAGAGGAGGAAAGCUGAAGAGAAGGCUCGUGUUGUUAUGAUCGCGCAUUCCGCCGGUGGUGCGCUGGGUCAGUACGCGUUGAGUCGGGGGACUGCAGUGCCGGGGUUUGGGUCCUGGUCGGUCUACAAAUUCUGGAGCCUGACAGCACCUAUUCAUUUCCCAUACCGAAUGUUCCAUCCGCGCUACAUCUUGGCCAUGACUCAGCAAGUCCACGAUGCUUUCUUCACGCCCUCAACGCCGAAUUAUGUCGUCAAAGGCCUCGAGUCCCUCCUAAGCCUAUACGAAUCCAUGCUCUGGCCGAUGCAAGUCCUUUUCAGCUUCGUCAGUGGUCUAGAUGUCGCCGGUGCGAUCGUCGGAUGGUCACUACGCAAAGCACCAGAACCUAACGGUUCUUCUGGAGUCGCACCGAGAUUAUUGGUGCUCGCUGGUAAAAAGGAUGUUUUGUGUACGCCGGGCAUCUUGGAAGAUGCUGCGAACAGGCAUAGCGCUGCUUUCCACCACUGCGUCAGAGCUGGCAAGUUAGAUGGGAUUUCUGAGGACGACGUCGGGCGUGGAGAUAAAGGCGUUAUUUUUGCGGUCACGGAGGGGCUAGGUCAUCAUUUGCAGAAUCAUGUCGAGUGGGAACGAGGCGCUAAAGAGGUCUUGGAGUGGGCGGAGCAGUUGUGA